AUGUGCCCUACACUUCAACAUGAACCCUAUGAACAAGCCCAUGCUGUUGGAGGCUUCCCACAAAAGAGAUACGAUCCACAUUCAAAUACCUACAAUGCAGGAUGGAGAGAUCAUCCUAACCUUAGCUAUGGAGCCAAGCCCUUCGAUUUUCAACAACAUCAUCAAUCUAGACCGCCGGUUCCACAAUAUUCGUCUUCCAACCCAAAAUCUCAAGUAUUUGGAAGGCUACCCUCCCAGACCACAGCUAAUCCGAAACAGAAUGCUAGCGCAAUCACCCUGAGAAGCGGGAAGGAGCUGGAUGAACCUAAAGAUACAACUAAAGAAGAGAAAGAAAAGGAGACACCAUCACCCCAAAAAAAUUCAAGCGGAAAGCAACCCCAAGCCAUAGUCACCGCUCCACCUUUUCCUAGCCGAUUUGCAAAAUCCAAGAAGGAGGAGCAAGACAAUGAUAUUCUCGAGACAUUCCGCAAAGUUGAGGUAAAUAUCCCCCUCCUUGAUGCAAUCAAGCAAGUACCCCGCUAUGCUAAAUUCCUCAAGGAGUUGUGCACCACUAAGAGAAGGCUGAAAGGCGAUGAGAAAGUCCAUAUAGGGGAAAGUGUUUCAGCAAUUCUCCAAAAGAGACUACCCCCUAAAUGCAAAGAUCCAGAGAUGGGUGUGAUCUUACAACUCAUUGAUCGAUCUACUACAUACCCAAAGGGGGUUUUGGAGGACAUAUUGGUGCAAGUUAAUAAUCUGGUCUUUCCUGCCGAUUUCUAUGUGAUUGAUACGGAAGAAGAUAGUUCUUCCAAUUCGACUCCAAUUUUGUUGGGAAGACCCUUUCUUAAGACAUCCAAAACUAAAAUUGAUGUGUAUAAUGGGACACUUACCAUGGAAUUUGAUGGUAAGAUUGUUAAGUUUAAUAUUUAUGAUGACAUGAAAUAUCCUAUUGAUGAUAAUCCUGCCUAUUCCGUUGAUGUGAUUGAUUUUUCAGCACAAGAAGUUUUUAAACUUGAUGGGAAUGAUGUAUUGGAAAUCACCAUUAGUAAGCAUCCUGAGAAAGAGGAGUUAACAUGGAGUUCUAAAUUGCAAGAAACUAUUGCAACAUUGAAUGGUUCUCCAGAGUUACAACAAUUAGGUAAUGCUCCUUAUAUUAUGCUGCCAACUUUUGAUAGGAAACCUUUACCCUUUGUUUUGCAGGUCCCUAUUCCAAUUUUGAACCCACCCAUGAUAGAUGAAAGGGGAAAGCACCGGAAGUUGCAAUUACAAGACCUGGAGGAUCCGGUUUAUGAUUAA